CUAGGCAAAUUUUUACGCAAGACUUCUCUGGGAGAUGAUCAGACUGCCACCGCUGCCGCCGGCGCCGGCGCCACCAAAAAGGUUUCACGUCCGCUGGAUUAUGCUGCCAAGGCACUUGGCAUUUUCAGAGCAGCAAAGAAGCGUGGUAUCGAGCCGAGUUUGGGUCUGUAUGCCAACCUCAUUCGUACCGUUAUGAAUUCACACCCCUCCAGUAAGUUCGGAUCAGUCAGUGGCUAUCGCAUGUUCGAUCUCCUUUCUGACAUCAUCAAUGACCUGGAACGGCGCUGGGCAGUGAACCCACCCUCUCGGGCCGAUCUUCUCACCCGUGAUGAUUUCGACUUUGUGCAUGCGGCCAUGUCCUCGGCGCAGACGGAGGCCUCCUCGCUAGUGUUGCUCCAGCGUCUGUACAACCUGGUGCACCGCAACGGGGACAAACGGUUUCUCUUCUCUGACAGUAUAGCCUCUCGUGACUUCUACACCCGCUACUGUUCCUCCUUCCUGAUGCACUAUCAUCCGCCCACGAAUACACCUGCGGCGUCUGCGGUGGAGACUACACGGACUCAGGCCUUUGUGGAUCUCUAUCGUGCACAUCGUCAAUCCAUGCUGUCUAAUCAGCGUAUCUGCGGAAUGUUUGUGCAAAAGAUGAAAAUCGCCAUCACAAAGUGGAACCGUGAACUUGAGCAGUUGAGAGGUGAGCCAAGCGGUGCUGAGGCCUUGAAGCAGACGGCAGAAAAAACCUCCGACGUUGUCCUGACAGAUCUCAGUCGAGCCAGCUCGCUGGCAUUCAUUGAAUUGAGCAAUAUGCUGUUUGACUACGUUGCCGUUCUGACCAGACUGCCACCGAAACUGUCACAACCCUUUUCGGAGGCAAUUUUGACCUUUUCUGUCUGUGGUAAGUACAUCCUUUCCAAAUCCUCUGGUUACCAUAAUGUUGUGUGA